CUGACAAGCCUAACUUAUAAGUAACCUUUAUAUUUUCAAGUUUACGAAUUUUCCAGAUGUAAUUUUUUUUUGAUUCAGCCGUCAAUAAUAAAAAAACGUGAUAGAUAUGCGAAAUUCAACGGAGUGAUUGUACGACCCCUCCAUAACGUGCACAACCGUGCAAAAUACUCAAGUGUCAAAAAAAUUAGUUCACCCGCAAAACUGGAGCACGUUGAACCCCCGUCAAUGUCAAGUGUAUUGCAUAUGUUCGGGCGCACUUCUAUGGAAACGAUCCGACCUGUGAUUGACCACGCGACCGCAGCAUAUUGAUCCAACAAAUCGAAACUUCCCGCAAAUAACAGAUGGAUCAACCAUUCCAUCACACCAGUGAAGAUCCACUUAUCCGGAAGCGCUUUUCGGAAAGUAUUUUGGACAUCCUGCGACCGAUGACGGAAGCGGAAUUGCCGUUGCUAUCCCGGGCGGAUGCCAUUUCCGACUACAGCACCCUGUCGGAUCCGUUUUCGGAUCUGGAUGAGUCGUACAUUUUGUUGGAUCAGCGGGAAAAGAAAGCCGGUGACGAUGAGGGAGACGAGAUGUUGUUGAAUCAGUUUACCCCUGAGUUUAAGAUGAUUUAUGAAGAAAUGGUGGCAUCCAAAAAGGAAGAACAGACACAAGAAGAGGUACCUCCCUGUGAACCGGAACCAGUUGAUAGUUCCGAAACGAAACCAACCGAGGGAAAGCGACAUUCUGCUGGUGAUGCAGAAGCGAUGCUUUUGAGGGAACCCGGAGAGUUUAGUCCACAGUUUAAAUGCUUUUUGGAGGAUAUGCUGCAAAAAUGUGAACUCAAGUAUCACCAGGAGGAGAAGAAAAAGAGGGACGCCCUCAAGAAAAAGGAACGCCGAGUGCGCCGCGCAGCGUCCGACGAAUCCCUUGGAGCAACGGGGCCACCAGAACACGAUUCACUGUCCGGCGUUUGGCGCAUGCUGGACGCCGUUUCGGUCGACAACGGUUUUCCCAUUUCAAACAACUUCUACAACCUGUACGACGAUCGACGCUUCGCAUGGCUGACCCGCGACGAGGUACCCUGGGAUCAAAUGGAGGCGUCCCGACGCAAGUGUGAACAGUGGCUCAAAAUGACGCCCUCUCGACCGGAAAGCAAACAUUGAGCAUGCAAAGUACUUAGAGUUGUAAGCAAGGUUGAACACAAGUGGCAAAAUCCAAUUGGAAUGAAAAGUUUUCUUAGACGUUAUGGUUUAUUGGAGAGAUUGCAUGCGAUAUUGAAUAAAAGUUAUAUGAACUGUUUCCCGAAUGGUUGAAA